CUUCCCUCUCCGCGACUCGGUCCCGGCGCCUGAGAGGAGCCCUGGGUGGGGGCGGGGGCCAGAGGCAGGAGGGCGAUUGGCCCCGGAGAGUGCUGCAGACAGAGCAGGUCCCCAGGAGACUGCGGCCCCAAGGAAUGGGCGGGUAGAGCGUGUACAGGGAGUAGGGUCAGGUCGGAGUGGAUUGACCACCGGGCCCGGAGGGUCCGAGCCAAGAGCGGAGCCUGCACCCUCCACCACCUGCCCUUCGGAAAGUAUCACAACUGAGCCAAGAGGCAGGUGCACCGGGAAAAUGUGUCUGAGUCCUGCUUGGCAGGAGAGAAACUGAGUCACCAGCUCAGGAGCCGCAGGCUGCUGCCGCUCACCCCGUGUCUUCUGGCUGCUUCCCUCUUUGCUGCCCCUCCCCAGAGGCUCCCCCUCUCCACCUCCUGGGGACCAUCAUGAAUGGUGCCCCUUCCCCGGAGGAUGGGGCCUCCCCUUCUCCUCCCCCCUUGCCACCACCCCCUCCACCUAGUUGGCGGGAGUUCUGCGAGUCCCAUGCCCGUGCUGCUGCCCUGGAUUUCGCCCGCCGUUUUCGCCUUUACCUGGCUUCCCACCCCCAAUAUGCAGGGCCCGGGGCUGAGGCUGCCUUCUCCCGCCGAUUUGCUGAGCUCUUCCUGCAGCACUUUGAAGCUGAAGUGGCCCGAGCCUCCGGUUUCCUCUCGCCACCCAUCCUGGCUCCUCUGAGUCCCGGUGUGGAUAUCCUGUCCCAUGACAUGUCCCUUGAGAGCUGCAGGGUGGGCGGGCCCCUGGCUGUGCUGGGCCCUUCUCGAUCAUCUGAGGGCCUGGCCGGCCCCCUCCCUUCCUCAGUCUCUUCCUCCUCUACGACCUCCUCAAAGCCGAAGCUAAAGAAGCGCUUCUCCCUCCGCUCAGUGGGUCGCUCUGUGCGUGGUUCAGUCCGUGGCAUCCUGCAGUGGCGGGGGACUGUUGACCCUCCCUCCCCAUCUGGGCCCCUAGAGACCUCAUCAGGCCCCCCAAUCCUAGGUGGAAACAGCAACUCCAACUCCUCUGGUGGGGCUGGGACCAUUGGCAGGGGACUGGCUAAUGAUGGAACAUCCCCUGGGGACCGAUGGACUCAUCGUUUUGAGAGGCUGAGACUCAGUCGGGGAGGGGGGACCAUGAAGGAUGGAGCAGGGAUGGUGCAGAGGGAAGAGCUGCUGAGUUUCAUGGGGGCUGAAGAGGCAGCCCCUGACCCCGCUGGUGUGGGCUGGGGAGGAGGGGCAGCUGGGCCUACCUCAGGGGGAGGAGGGCAGCCUCAGUGGCAGAAGUGUCGCUUACUACUUCGAUGUGAAGGAGAAGGAGGAGGUGGAAGCCGUCUGGAGUUCUUUGUACCACCCAAGGCAUCUCGGCCUCGACUCAGCAUUCCCUGCUCUACCAUCAUGGAUGUUCGGACAACCACAUCCCUGGAGAUGCCUGACCGGGAGAACACAUUUGUGGUUAAGGUAGAAGGCCCCUCGGAGUAUAUCCUGGAGGCAGCUGAUGCUCUACAUGUGAAGGCCUGGGUGUCUGAUAUCCAGGAAUGCCUGAGCCCAGGACCCUGCUCUGCUACCAGUCCCCGCCCCAUGACCCUCCCUCUGGCCCCUGGGACCUCAUUCCAUACAGACAGCCUGGAGCUGCCCUGCCUGAACCACUCAGAGAGUCUGCCCAGCCAGGAUCUGUUGCUGGGACCCAGUGAGAGCAACGACCGCCUGUCACAGGGGGCAUACGGGGGCCUUUCAGACCACCCGUUGGCCUCCAUCUCCCCCAGUUCUGCCUCCAUUGCUGCCUCCCAUUUUGAUUCAAUGGAACUGCUUCCCCCAGAGUUGCCCCCCCGCAUCCCCAUUGAAGAGGGACCCCCAACAGGGACAGUUCAUUCCCUCUCAGCACCCUACCCACCCCUGGAUACUCCGGAAACAGCCACAGGUACCAGAGGUUCAUUCCUGUUCCAGGGAGAGUUGGAGGGAGGUGAGGGGGACCAGCCCCUCUCAGGGUAUCCUUGGUUCCACGGGAUGCUCUCUCGACUCAAGGCGGCCCAGCUAGUGCUGGCUGGAGGCACCGGUUCCCAUGGUGUUUUCCUGGUACGUCAAAGUGAGACGAGGCGGGGUGAAUACGUCCUCACUUUCAACUUCCAGGGCAAGGCCAAGCACCUGCGUCUGUCACUGAAUGAGGAGGGUCAAUGCCGGGUCCAGCACCUGUGGUUCCAGUCCAUUUUCGAUAUGCUCGAGCAUUUCCGGGUGCACCCCAUCCCUCUGGAGUCUGGAGGCUCCAGUGAUGUUGUCCUUGUCAGCUAUGUUGUAUCCUCCCAGCGACAGCAGGGCCGGGAGCAGGCCGGAAGCCAUGCAGGGGUGUGCGAGGGAGAUCGAUGCUAUCCCGAUGCCUCCUCCACCCUCGUGCCCUUCGGAGCGAGUGACUGUGUAACCGAACACCUCCCAUGACCCACCACAGCCCCCUGAACCCCCUUCAUGGACAGAUGCCCCACAUCCUGGGGCAGAAGAGGCAUCGGGGGCACCAAAAGUGGUGGCAGCAACCUCCGCAGCAGCCAAAGAGAGGGAAGAGAAAGAGAAAGCGGGCAGUGGAGGGGUCCAGGAAGAGCUGGUCCCCGUGGUUGAGCUGGUCCCCGUGGUUGAAUUGGAAGAGGCCAUAGCACCAGUCGCUGAGACCCAGGGAGGCGCUGGA